GACGCCAUCUUGUUCAGGAAGGAAAACGUGGUCGUCGUACGCCUGCGCCUCUCUGAAAUUCCCUAGUUCUCUUACCUUUUACAGCACAUAAAACCUAAUUUACAAAAAUGGCUGACAUUGAGGACACCCACUUUGAGACCGGAGACUCUGGUGCCUCAGUUACUUACCCACAGCAGUGCUCAGCUCUGCGUAAAAACGGAUUUGUUAUGCUCAAGGCUCGGCCAUGUAAAAUAGUGGAAAUGUCAACCUCAAAGACUGGUAAACACGGGCAUGCCAAAGUCCAUCUUGUGGGCUUGGAUAUAUUUACUGGAAAGAAGUAUGAAGAUAUCUGUCCUUCUACCCACAACAUGGACGUACCUUUUGUUAAACGUGAGGACUACCAGCUUACAGAUAUUUCGGAUGAUGGCUAUUUGUGUCUGAUGUCUGACAAUGGUGACUUACGUGAAGAUCUCAAGGUUCCUGACGGUGACCUGGGUUCUCAGCUCAAGUCUGAAUAUGAUGCUGGCAAGGAGUUGUUGUGCACUGUCUUAAAGGCUUGCGGGGAGGAGUGUGUGAUUGCAAUCAAAACCAACACAGCCCUUGACAAAUAAUGGCUGACAAAUCCUGUGAAGAUGGAAAGGCUGUUUUUAUAUGAGUGAGAAGGCGAGUGGCUGACGUGAAGCGAACGAUAACAAAUAAUUUAACGGGUGGGAGGGGGGCUGUUACACUUAAUACUACAUAAUUUGUUUAUUUUUGUUUAGGAUGUUGAAAAUUGUAAUGUUUUCACAGGAAAAAAAUUUGUUUAUAUUUUUAUUUCAUGGGGAGUGAUAACAGAAAGAUUAAAUCGCUAAGUGUUGAGAGACUCGAAUCGCUUAAUUAUUUUUACCUUUCUUCACCUCAAGUCGGAUACUGCAAUGUCCAUAAGUUAUAUACUUACUGAUGUAGCAUUCAUGGUCCUACGGAGUUUGUUUUGAACUGAUGUUAAUGUUCGACUACUGCUUUGUAAUACGUGUCGCUCUGUGAUCAUAACAUUUAACACAUACUGUAAUCAAUUUAUAAGUUCAAACUGAAUCAAUUAUUUUGUAUCCUUAGCUAAAACCAAAUUAGUGUUUUGUCAACAUACUAGAAAUAAAUUUGGUUAGGAUGUAAUUUUAUGAAUUGUAAAAUGUAUGUUAUCUAUGUGCAUUCCUAUCUCGCUGUGUAACAUACAUACUGUGAGACGACAGUUUCGCAGCUUGAAUAUCAUAUUUAUUCGUUCUCACUUAUAAUAUCAUAUUUAUUCGUUUUUAUAAAUAAGAGUGUUGUUCUUAUGAGGGGUUUAUUUUGGUUUAAUAUCUAUAAACUUAUUUGGAAGCUUUAACAACCCGGCGAUACAGCCAAACAUAGCUUUCCCAUUUAUCAGUUUAUCCUUGUUAAAUACCUAUUUUGGUUGGUAUAUAUAUGCUUAAACUGCCAUGAUUAUUGAGAUGUUCUCAACAUAACCAAUCACAAAACUGCUCGAGCAAACAAUUCUCAAUGAAACAUACUGUUAUACAAAAUAUUCCCAUAACUAAUAAAACAUGUUUUAAAUAAAAUAGCAUAACUGAAUAUGUCAUCUAAAAAUUGUUUAGUAUCUAGAUGAUCAAAUGAUGUCUACUAAAUUUUUAAACCGGUAUGCAAAUUUUAAUUUAAUUUUUAAACAAACCCCAAGUAUUUUUCCCAUUUUGAAAGAAAUGUGCUGUUAGUCUGGCAUAGUUUAAGACAAUCUAAUUAAAUAAAUAAAUUUUAUUAACAACUAAGUUAUGGUGCUUUGAAUCAGCCUUUACAAUAUGCUUUUUAAAGUUUAAGGCUUCUUUAGACACGUUUAUUAAAUUGUAGAUCUUAGCCAUGAUUAGAAAUGUCAAUAUUUAGUUAUUUGUUUAACCCUCUAAAUAUGAUUAUUACUGUCAUUGUAAAAAUAUUUUCAUGGCUAGCCUUUUCAAGGACAUUCAUACUGCUUAUAAAUCUAGAUCAAGUCCAUGAAAAAUUAUUCUUUCAACAAGCCAAAUUACAAUAAUGUGUUGGCUAAUUCUUGGGGGGUUUGUUUAAAACAUAGUAAAUAUAAUUUUUAAUCCCCAUAUGACCAACUUGUGUUAAGGUUGGUAGUAAUAAGUAGGGCAAAUAUUAAAAGGAGGGAUCAUGUUUUCCCAUAUGUUUAGGCUUUUUUGGUCGGCACUGGUGUAAAUAUUCAAUUACUAAUACAGUUUCAAGAUGAUUCUGAACCUGUUGGUUGGGUUGGUACAAAUUAUUUAAUAUUAAGCUGAUUUAUUCAACACUUAUUAAUUUUUUUUUUCAAGUUAAACCACCUGCCUAAAAAUAAUUUCUCAUUACAAAACACUUUUUCAGUAUAUUGUGAAAUUGUAUUGCUGAUUGAUUUUCAUGUAAUUUGUUGUUAAGAGUUAAGGAUUAUAUAUUUUUUAUAAAUUACUAUAGGGAUGCUGUAAUUUAAUUCCUUUUAUGCAAAGGCACAUUGACCAGUAAGUGCAUUUCAUGUUUGGUUAAAAAGGAGAAUGGGCUGGUUUUCUUAGAAAUGUAAUAAAAGAUAUACAUUAAAAUAAUACCCAUUUACCAUUGGUUUAUGAGGUUACGCUAAACAACUAAACUUGAACUUUAAUAUUUGUUGGAUGAGUUAUCAAUCAUAAUUUUUUUAAAUAUUUUUUAUUUCUUUUUUGCUCAAAUGAUAAAACAUAUAAAGAAUAAUCAAUGGUUUAUAUAUUUAUGUAUAAAAAAUACUUUGGAUAAAUGCAUUUGAAAGUAAUAAGAAUUUUUAAUGAAUAAUCAUGGACAAUUUUUAUAAAACAACAUAAGUUUCUUUUACAUGUUAUUUUGUAUAGUCUUAAUGAAAGAUGUUGCAAUAUUCGUCUAAAGCUUUGCAAAUUGAAAUUAAAGUUUUCAAAUUUCGAGUACACAACCAGGUCUUUUGCACCGAGUUUAAUUUUUUUUUGUCCCACCUUUGUAUCCUAGGACACUGGGUUCUAGCCCAGAACUGUUUUACACAUUACUUCAGGCUAGUCCUAGAUGGCAUUAUCUUAUGGAUAAAAUCCAUUAGGAUUGAUGGGAACUGAACCUGGGCCCUCGGGACCCGAAGCCCCACACUAUCAGCUCGCUCCCCUCAACUUUUCAAAACAUUUAAAUCAAUUAACCUCAACAGCCUGCCACCAUGGACCUUCUGGUCUGUGUGGUGAGCUAAAGAAGCCCAAUAGUGUUGUGGUAUACGUUAUACUAGAGUUCGUCUAGCGGUCGAAAACUCGAACAAAAAUAUUUCAUGUACAGACUUCUCUACUAUUUUCAUCCCACGCUGUAAAUAAUACAUGAGAUUGGAAUUUCUUCCAUUUGUUUUGAUUUUCUGUUUAUUUUUUGUUGUUAUUUCGUCACCAGCAUGGCAACCCAUGAGACCCAUGUUAUUUUUUUUUAUUUUUUUCAUUUGUGUGCUUAUUUUUGAGCCUAUUUUAAUUUGCAGAGGGAUUCUGCACAUCUACAGGAAAAUAUCUUUCCAAAAGUAUGCAUAGAUUUUCCUUGUGAUGCACACGAGCUGAUAAAAAAGGUUUAAAAAAACAUGCUUGCCUAUUAAUAUAUAGAAGCUAGUGGUGACUACAGUGAGAUAAGAUUGUGUUUGGUAUUCUUGGUUUAUUGUGAAAUAACUGUACUGUAAAUUACUAAGAAAGCAGUGGGUAUAGGUGGAAUCGCUUGUUUAACCUUUGCCUGAGUUACAAAUAACACUAGUGUGCAUGUAUAUAUUUUCCGCUUUCAAAUUGUUACAGGGGUUUUGUAUUGUUUCUGUGAACCUAAAUUUGUCUUUAGGAAUGUACUGUUCAUUUGUUCCCCGCAUUUUCUCAAUUUGACCCAACAUCAUUACGAAUAAAUACAAGUAACGCUUUUUUAUUUCUAUUAAAUUCGGAAUAUUUGAAAUUCAUUCAUGUACGAAGUACCUGGAGUUGAAAUUCUAAUUGCUUAGUUUGGGUCGGUUACUUGUCCUUACGUGAGCUCCUUGAAUGGGUUUCUUGUUUUUGAGUGUGUUCGCUUUCUAUAGAUUAUUUCAUCCAAUUAAAACCUAAGAUAGGGAUUAUCAAGCUUAAAUUAUGAUCUCAGUAAAAUCAGCCCAUGUCCUUUUUAAAUGGUAGUAUUUUUUGAAAGCUGUACAAGUACCAAGAAAAGACUGUGGAUAAGUUUGCACUAAAACGAAUCUAACAUAGUUCGAUUUACAAUCAAAUUGUAUACUCAUGUAGUUUGAUUUGUAAUUUCUGACAUUUUGUAUUUUGAAAACCAACACUUUGAUUUGCUUUUGUACGUUACUUUUUCUGCCCAUGUGUGGUAAAGUGGAUCUGAAGAUUCAGUUGUUUUGUUUUAAUCUAAGGACAAUUGUUAUCGUUUUGGAACACAAAUAAGUUGAAUGGGUUCGAAAUAAAUAUUUUUUCUUCUCGAC